AUGGAAAACGUCGUUAGUGAUAUGAUAUGUGGACAUCCGAUGACAAAACACAUUUUGACCGAAAAGAUUUGUGGUCGGGGAAAACCAAGCUGUUUCCAUUGCCACACCAAUUUCGUCAAUUUUCAUGGCCAUCGACAUAUCGAAGUUGCCAGUUGCAUCCCUCCAUCAAUCAACCACUUUGAUCACGAAACUGUUUCUCAUAUUUGCGACACGAGUCAGCAACAGAAGGAUACGUUUAACUUCGAGUGCUGCAAAGCAAAACUCUCAAAACCGGCGAAUCAAAUGAUCAGCUGCAGCCCAAAAGGAUUCAAAACGCGGGAAUAUGAGCUGUCGAUCGAGAAAAUCUCCGGGAAAAUCGAGCGAAUCAAGGUUCCUAUUUCUAUUCCAAAACGAUGCUGUGCUGAGAUUUGA